CACCUGCCUUCUGCCACUCGAAGCGCUUUCAUUGCGUCGCUUCUUGAUGCUCAAAUUCUGGAGAAAAAUACGGUUCUGACUAGAGAGGUUAUUCCUAUUUGGCAGAACAAGCCUCAUGGAACGACUCGCAGUGUGGUGAGGAGAAUAGGCUCCCUUGUGCCCAUGAAACCCCAUCCCAGGGCAUGUUUCCAGGAACUUCUAGUCCUCCCUCCGCUGCGGCCCAUGGAUGGCCCCAUGGUGCCCACACUGGCAGACAUUGCCUGGAUUGCAGCAGAUGAGGAGUCUGAGACCUAUGCCAGAGUGCGCAUGAGCUUUUCAAUGGCGCCCCUUCAAGAUGGCGCCCUACCAGCCCGCCGCCUCUGCCUCCUUCGUCAUCAGCGACGUGGUGAGGAGGACGUGGUGUCCAUUGUAUCAGAGCUGAUGCCAGACCCCCUGCCACUUGCGAACAUGUCGGCCUUUGACCUGGACCGUCCCAGCAUGGACUUCCGGGAGGCGGAGGAGGACAUGAUGUUGCUGUCCAAGUCCACCAGCUUCGCCGACGUCAUGGACAUCCUGAAGGACAUGAACCGCAUGAAGAUGAGCAAGGACAGGUAUAACAGAGGCUGCACCUCCCUAAUGGGGGGAGUCAGAAACUGCCUCGCUGAUCUCAGAGGCCCUGAGGAAGAACUUUACCCUGAAGGAUUAAGACAUUAUGGGGAUGAAGAAGGCUCUGUAGUCCUCAACCUCCACCCAACUCCACCUCCCCACCUCAAACCCCUUGACACCUGACCCCCUCUCCCCCGACGACACCAGCAUGAGCUUUUCAAUGGCGCCCUUCAAGAUGGCGCCCUACCAGCCCGCCGCCUCUGCCUCCUUCGUAAUCAGCGACGUGGUGAGGAGGACGUGGUGUCCAUUGUAUCGGAGCUGAUGCCAGUCGACAAACAUUCAUACACAAUACGGCUCGCAAGAUUAGACAGAAACAUAAAUAAACAUUUAUCUAUCAAGCUUUACUUUUAAAAUGUCAAUUGCCAGUGGACACUCCUAUGUGUGUUGCAUGCCAGGAUUUUACUCUUGUUCUACAGAGGAUUGUGUUUCAUUGUUUCCGUGUCUCUCUCUUCUGUUGCCGGGCUUGUGCCUAAGGACCCAGUCCCCAUGGAGACCCGGAUGCACCUCAUCAACCAUGGCAAUGGCUAAACAACACGUCUGGAAAAACAAGCAACCACCUCCCAGCAGGCCAAGUCGGUCUGAACCAAACCAAAUUGAAACCAUACCCCAAUGUCCAGGCACGACAUCUCCUGUUAUUCAAUCAACACUCCCCGUACGCUCACUAUCUGGGCCCACACACCUCCCCAAAAGGAGGAUUCCUUAUCCCAUUGGUUCAAAAGCAAUGUCAAAGCAACUUCAUUUUGUGGGUGCUGUACAACUUCCACUUCAGAUUUCACCUACUUUGAUGUCUCUUGCUCACCAUCAGACUGACUACAAGUGCUGCCUAGUAACUUUUUUCUCGUAUGUAUAGUGCCUGUCCUGGUACCAUGAGAGAAACCAUUCCCCCUAUUUUUCCCGACAAGCUUCAACAGAAGAGUUGUUGAUGAACGCAUUUGUUGGAGUGGGAUAGUUUUAUUUUUUUAUCUUUUCAUUUCUGUAUAGUCCUUGAAGUUGUAUGUACAAAUAAGACUGCAGAAAGUAACAGAGUACUGCAAUACCUACACAAUUCUUUGUUCAUUUACAGCAAAACAUCUGUUCAAGUUUGUUAGUCAUGAUCAAUGUGUACAGCAUAAGUUUGCGAAUAAACAAUCUUCUUCACAUAGCUCCUAACCUACUCAUAACCCCAUUGUACCAGUACGAGAAAAUGUUAUCGCUGUCCUUAGUGUAAUAACUCUCAGAAUUUAGCUUGAUUGAUGGACGCUGUGCAACAUGAUAUAGAGAAAUAAAUCCCAAUUUGAAAUCGGUCGAUGGCCAUGACUAAAUAAUAAUGAUGUGUGUGGUCUUUGAACUUGUCUGAUACAAGGACAGCUUGGAAGACUUGUAAAUCUACUAUAAAAUUAGAAUUUAAGUGUUCUCCUUCCUUGUGUGCUGUUGUGCUAUAUCUGCCUGUUAAGACACCAGCGAUAAACUGCCGUUUUUUUUAUUACAGAAUCUGUGGCUCUUAGGUGUAGGAGACCAUGUGCAUGUGUGCUGUCACAAUAUACUAAAUAUAUGAGUAUAAGUGUCACUUGUGUGGCUUUUGAAAAUAAAUUAUCCUGUGCAUGCCUUACUACAAAACCUAUUGACUCUAUCAAUAUGACAGUUUUUCCUUUUAUUCAUUGGUUAGUGUGCUUUUUUAUUUUUAUCAACCCAUCCCCAUUUGUCUUUCCACUGUUUUGGCUUUUUCCUCCAUUUACAUCCUCUGUAGCCCCAUAAACUUGUAUGCAUCCGCCACACUUUUGAUGACAUUUGCAUAAAUCAAGUGACUGACUACCUCAGGAGCCAAUCAGGUGUAAUUUCUUAAUCUUUGUCACGAAACCCCUACCCCUUCACAGAAGAAAUCCUGCUCUCCACUUAAGCUCUUAUAUCAGGACAGUAAUUCAGGACAGUAAUUGAGAUGUUUGAAUAGCAACUUGUGUCUAGGAAGGGGAACUCUAGUUUAGUUUGCAGUGAAAAGUAUGUGGACACCUGCUCAUCGAACAUCUCAUUCCAGAAUCAUGGGCAUUAAUAUGGAGUUUGUCCCCACUUUGCUGCUAUAACAGCCUCCACUCUUCUGGGAAGGCUUUCCACUAGAUGUUGGAAUAUUGCUGCGGGGGACAUGCUUCCAUUCAGCUACGAGCAUUAGUGAGGUCGGGCACUGAUGUGGGCGAUUAGACCUGGCUCGCAGUCGGCAUACCAAUUCAUCCCAAAGGUGUUCGAUGGGGUUGAGGUUGAAGUUCUUCCACACCAAUCUCAACAAACCAUUUCUGUAUGGACCUCGCUUUGUGCACAGGGGCAAUAUCAUGCUAAGGGUACUAGUCCAAACCAUGAAAAUCCUAUUCUUCUCCACCAAACUUUACAGUUGGCACUAUGCAUUCGGGCAGCUAGUGUUCUCCUGGCAUCUGCCAAACCCAGAUUCCUUCAUUGGACUGUCAGAUGGUGAAACAUGAUUCAUCACUCCAGAGAACGCGUUUCCACUGCUCCAGAGUCCACCACUCUUUCUGACGCUUGGCAUUGCGCAUGGUAAUCUUAGGCUUGUGCUUGGCUGCUUGGCCAUGAAAACCCAUUUUAAUGAAGCUCAACGUUAUUGUGCUGACGUUGCUUCCAGAGGAAGUUUGGAACUUGGUAGUGAGUGUUGCAACUGAGGACAGGUGAUUUGUAGACGCUACGCGCUGCAGUACUCGGCGGUCACGUUCUGUGAACUUGUGUUGCCUAUUUUAGAUGCCUACCACUUCGAGGCAGAGCCGUUGUUGCUCCUAGACGUGGGUGGGGUGUCCACAUACUUUUGUGUAUAUUGUAUAUAUAUCAGGUGAAUAAGGAUUUGCCCAGCUCUGUUACUGUCGGAGUUAUUUUCAGUGUCUGGCUCACCAAAUAGGCAUUUUUUUGUGUGCAAGAUCGAGACAACAAAGCAAAGCUUUGAGCAGAGCAUUUCACAAAGAAGUAUGUUUAAGAAUUAUUUAUUUUUAAGGUUUGGCAUUGCUCAUAUCUAGUCAAGAGUUUAUGGGAACGGAAUCAGUGCAGUUAUCACUAUUCUUGGUGCACCACAUUCUCAUUGAUAAAAAGGGAUCUUUAUUGACAUUUCAGUCACCAGCUUUGUGUUUGUAUUCUACUUUGUCACCAUUUUUGUUUUGGCUAUCUAGUGACCAUGCCAUCUAAUGGUCUCUGAUUAAAUACCUGCCAUGUGUCUGUAUUCUGCCAAAUGGAAGAAAUAGCUGUGUUUGUUUGUUUUGUGUUUAAACUUAAAUAAAGAUGGGCUGACGUUUUAAACUCCAGACCCAUUCUUUAUCA